AGUUUGAGAUUGAGAUGAUCACCAUGCUUAGCAGCAAGAUCUCUCUCUUUUCUCUGGUGACCUUUCUCUGCAUUUGUUUCUACGUUGGAAGUUCCCAUGCAAACAAGUGUGCUGAGACGGACAGGCAAGCUCUUCUUAAAUUGAAAGACGGUUUCAUUGAUGAACGGAACUCUCUUGACUCGUGGAAAGGUGAAGAUUGCUGCGAAUGGGAAGGAAUUUCAUGCGAUAAUUUAACUGCUCAUGUAACAACCUUGAAUCUAUGGGAUUCCUGGCUCAGAGGUAAGAUGGAUUCUUCAAUAUGUGAACUGAAACAUCUCACUUUCUUUGAUAUCAGUCUUAAUGAAGUAGAAGGAGUGAUCCCAAAGUGCAUCGGUUCACUUGCUCAAUUGAUAGAGUUGAAUCUUGCGAGGAAUGAUCUGGUUGGUGACAUUCCUCCAACUCUGGGUAACCUUUCCAACUUGCAAACUCUUGACCUUCACGGUAAUCAUUUGCUUGCGAAUGACCUUGAGUGGGUUUCUCAUCUUUCUACUAUGAAAUACCUCGAUCUUUCGCAUGUGAAUCUUAGUCAAAGUGCUAAUUGGCUAUCAUCAAUUAGCAAAAUCCCAUCUCUAUUGGAGCUUCGUUUAGAUGAUUGUGUGAUUAGUCAAGUCAUUCCUAAAUCUAUUCCCCAUAUUAAUUCUUCCACUUCUCUCAAAACUCUCAGUCUUUCACAGAAUCAGUUAAACUCUUCAACUCUGUCACUGGUUCUGAAAGCCAGCAAAGUCCUCACAUAUCUUGAUCUCUCCUAUAACUCUUUGCAACAUAAUACUCCAGAUGGAUUUGUAAACAUGGUUUCGCUUUCCCAUCUACGAUAUCUAAAUCUCUCGGGUAACGAGCUCGAGGGUAACAUACUAAAAUAUAUUCACACUCUGAUUCAGCUUAAAGAGUUGCGAUUGGAUCAAAACAAAUUGUCUGGCAAACCCGUUGACUACAUAAGACAGUUUUGCUCUGCACGAUAUGGAUUAGAGGUUUUGUAUCUCGGCAAUAACCCAUUUAGCAGUGCACCACUUCCUGAUUUUUCAUGUCUUUCAUCCUUGAAGGCAUUAUCACUUCGUGGUGCCAAUAUUGUUGGGUCGUUACCACAGUCGGUUAGUAAACUUGUCUCGCUAGAGGAAUUGGUUCUUUCCAAUAAUUCAUUGAAUGGGACACUUCCUUCGAUUGUUUGGCAACUUUCUAGUCUUCGGACGUUGGUUCUCUCUUCAAAUGAGUUGAAUGGUGUCGAUGUCAUUCGUGAAGCGCAUCUGUCAAAUCUAUCACAUCUAGAUCUCCGUGAUAACCAACUAAGUGGAUCACAACCGUUGUUUGAGAUUAGUAAACUUGCCUCGCUAGAGGAAUUGGAUCUUUCCGAUAAUCAGUUAAAUGGGACACUUCCUUCUACUGUUUGGCAACUUUCUAGUCUUCGGACAUUACUUCUCUCUUCAAACAAGUUGAACGGUGUAGAUGUCAUCCGUGAAUUGCAUGCGUCAAACUUAUCAUUUCUUGAUCUUAUGAAUAAUCAGUUAAGUGGAUCACAACCAUUGCUUGAGAUUAGUAAACUUGUCUCGCUUGAGGAAUUGUAUCUUUCCAAUAAUCAGUUAAAUGGGACAUUUCCUUCUACUAUUGGGCAACUUUGUAGUCUUAAAAGACUGUAUCUCAACUCAAACAAGUUUAAUGGUGUCGUCAAAGAAUCACAUCUAUCAAAUCUGUCUCAAUUGCAAUAUUUGAAUGUAGCUCAGAAUGCACUUGCAUUCAACUUUAAUUCGAAUUGGGUUCCACCAUUCCAACUCGAUGAAUUAGCUGCAUCAUCAUGCAUUUUGGGUCCUAAAUUUCCAACAUGGCUCAAACAGCAAAGAAAACUUAGGUACUUGCAGAUCUCUAAUAGUGGCAUUUCAGAUUCAUUUCCUAAUUGGUUUUGGAACCUGCCUUCUAGAUGGCUGUACUUGAAUGUUUCACAUAACAAAAUUAGUGGAGCAUUGCCACUAUUGUUACCAAGUACAAAGGGAAAAUACUAUAAUGCAUGGGAUUUUAGUUUCAACAAUUUGUCCGGUCCAUUGCCUCCUUUUCCAGAACUAGAUGCUCUGAUUCUUUCGAAUAAUAUGUUCUCAGGGUCCAUUACUUCUUUUUGCGCAACGUCACCAAGGAGAUUAACUGUUCUCGACUUGUCUAGUAACCUACUGUCGGGCACACUUUCAGACUGUGGGAGGAAAUUUGAAAGAUUAAGUGUUCUAAAUCUGGCAAAAAAUAAUUUAUCAGGUAGCAUACCCAAGUCAUUUGGCACUUUACAACAAAUUGUGUCGAUUAAUUUAAAUAGUAACAACUUUUCUGGGGAAAUUCCAUCUUUGACCUUUUGUACUGAAUUACGACUAAUUGAUUUCGGGAAAAACAAUCUCCAAGGCACCUUGCCAGCAUGGAUAGGUCAUAACUUGCGCAAAUUGACGGUGUUGAGUCUAGAGGCAAAUAAAUUCCAUGGAAACAUACCUACGAGUCUAUGUAAUCUUUUAUAUCUUCAAGUAUUGGAUCUCUCUGAAAAUAAUAUUACUGGGAAAAUUCCACAAUAACAACACUUGCAGCAUUAGCUGGCUUGAAUCUCUCAAGAAAUAAUCUCACAGGAUUUAUUCCCUACAACAUUGGUCAUAUGAAAAUGUUGGAAUCACUUGACUUGUCAAGAAACCAUCUUUACGGUAGAAUGCCCGCAAGCUUCUCAAAUUUGACUUUUAUCAGUUACAUGAACUUGUCUUUCAACAACUUGUCAGGGAAAAUUCUACAAAGCACUCAAUUACAAACCUUUGAUGCCUCUGUAUAUAAAGGGAAUACUGGGCUUUGUAGCCCACCACUCCCAAAUCAUUGCCCAGGGGAUGCUGUUUCGCCAAAUGUAAGCACCGACAAAAACAGUGCUGAAAAAGAUGGAGAAGAUGAACUCAUAAGCGUUGGGUUUUACAUCUCUCUCGGAUUUGGAUUUUGCGUUGGAUCCUGGGGUGUGUGUGGAACUUUAAUUAUAAAAAGUUCAUGGAGACAUGCCUAUUUUCAGUUUUUCAACAACAUGAAUGACUGGAUAUGUGUGACACUCAUUGUCUUUAUGGCUCGAAUGAAAAGGAGAUUCCAAGUUCAAGACUAAACGGGAGAAGCUCCAUUUCAGAAAGUGAUACGUUGUAAUGCCUUGAUUAAUUUGAAGGAAGCACUUUGUUAAAAUCUAUUAGUUGGUUCGUUGAGAAACUAUUAGAGCUGAGCAAUAAAUUUCAGAAUUUCAGAUUUUUUUAAUUUACAUAGAGAGUAAUAAUGGUUCCUGGUUCUUGAGAAGGAUGGAAGACUGUGCUGAUGGUUCAUCUUACAAGUUAGAUGUGGGAAUCUCAUGCUCUGGAUCACCUAGGAGUCUUGAAGAGUUAGAGGAAGAGUAAAAAUUGAACAGGACAAUUUUGGUGAAUAAAAAGGUUCACUCUGUUUAGCAGCUGUUUGCUACACCAACAAAUUAGAACAAGGAUGAGACUGUCGAAGCAAAAAAUCAAAAUGCUCAUAAUUAACUUACAAAUUACUUAAAUGUUUUCCAUUCAAGUAGGAAAGGGUGUAGGAAGUGGCACAACUCGAAACUAAAUGAAGCAAUGCUAACAAAGAGGAAGUUUGCAAAGAACAUGCUGUUUCGUUGCUGACAGGUCUAAUCAUGGAACAUAUAGGACCAUAUGCUUAGUUACUGUCAUAGGGUAUUGUGUGCAGUUAUGGUUGCUAUUAUGUUUGUAAGAAUAUUUUUAAUAUUCUUAGUUGUCAGUGAGAGGUUAAAUGAGCUUGAUCUAUAUUUUAAUAUUGUUUACAUUUUCUUUAUACAACUAUUUUCUUGAUUUCAUAUGUGAAAUCAUUAUUUGUUUAUCCCUAAAUAUAUGGGAAUUCUUUUGGCU